AUGGAGCCACCUGCCGCUGCUGGUUUCAGGCUGAUCAAAGAAGAUACAGAAGGUGAUUAUGAACAAGGUUCUAGUCUGAUCAGAGAAGAAGAAACAGAAGAUGUUGAACAAGGUUCCAAUCUUUUUGACGAAGAGGAAGAAUCUCAGACUGAAGAAGAUGGUGGACAGUUAGUGAAAUUGACUGAAGAUGACCUGAGUAAUAGGAUCAUACUCACAAGUGGCAUUCAGGAAUGGCCAGAUGGUUCCAGUUACAAAGGGGAAUUUGGGUUUGAUCUAAAGCUUGGUUAUGGAGAAUUCUCAUGGGUCAAUGGUGAGAGCUAUGUGGGGCAGUUUUACAAGGACCAUCGCCAUGGCAAAGGGAUGUAUUUUUGGCCCGACAGUUCCAAAUUUACCGGUUCAUUUUAUCUUAGCCAUAAAGAAGGAUAUGGGACCAUGGAAUUCAAGGAUGGCAGAAACUAUCAGGGACUAUACAAGGCUGAUGAGCGAUUUGGACCAGGAGUUCAGAGCUAUCCAGAUGGCUCUCAAGAUGUUGGCUUGUGGCUCAGGAAUCACAUAAUUAAACUGUGUACUGAAAUACCUGGACAUUUUUGUCUCUCGGAUUACUCAGAACACUACAGCUAUUUUGAUGCUGAUUCCCAGAGAGAGUAUCUUUCUGAUGAGGAAAUUCCAUUUUGGGAUCUGAAUGAGGAACAGGACCCAUUUUUCUACAACUACAAACUUCUCCUUUUAGAUGACAGUUACACAUUGCCUGAAAAAAUGUACAUAUACUCAACUGAUACAGAUCACCUUCCCCUGACUCGCACCUUCCGUAAAGAGUUUGAUUCCCAAUAUUUUCAGAACAACAAAAAGUUGUAUGAUGAAGAACCAUGGCCUAUUAAAAACACAAGCCCUUUAAUGGUUAGAAUGCAGAAGCACAUCUAUAAAUACAGGCACUGUCAGACAGAGAUCAGUUGGGAUAUCGACAUCAUUCUGAAUGGAAGCCGAGACACCUUUGGACCCAAGGGCCCCAAAGAGCUUGCUUCAGAGCAGCUGAUUCAGAAGGCAGCAGCAGGAGACUUCAAUAGCAUUUAUGAGAUUCUGAGGGACAGCUUAGCUCAUCCAGAUGUAGCUGACACGCAUGGAUACACUGCACUUGCUGCUGCUGCUGUGAAUUACCAUGACGACAUCAUUAAUCUUCUUCUUGAUAAUGGAGCUGAUGUGAAUAAAUGCAGUGAUGAAGGAUUAUCAGCCCUAUCCAUGUGCAUUAUUCUUUAUUACCCAGUAGAAUCAUUUAAGGCUAAUGUUGCUGAGAGGAACUUUAAAAAAGACGAGGAUGAGCAGUUGGAAGAUGAAUCUGCACCACUUCCAUUGGCACCAGCAAAACAGAAAUGCUUAACAGGCCCUGUUCGUCAGUCAGCCGUGGUACCUCCUAUGUCCGGGGAAAAGGCAGAAUCUGUUUCUGAUGAUAGAAAUGCAUUGGAUGAAAUGGACCGUGCAAGUUUAGAAAAGAGGACUGGCUGCAGCACUGAAACCAACUUUGAGUCGAACCGUACUGUUUUCAACUAUGGAAUCGAGGUUUCUCUAGAAGCUUUGCAGCAGAGUGCAGAUGCCUUCAGCCUGUGUUUGCUGAGAGUACCCUUCUAUGCCUGUGUCAAUGGAUAUGGUGGGGCUGAAGGCACCGUGAGAAAAAUGGUGUUAUCAAUAUCUGAACACCGAAAGAGAUGGACCACGGUCAAACUACUUCUCCGCAGAGGUGCAGACCCCAAUGUUUGCCGGAUCCCUCUGCAUGUCCUAUUCUUUGCUGUUAAAGCUGCAGAUGUAGAAGCAGUGAAACUACUAUUAGCAGCAGGAGCAAAGACUGACAUACGACUUCCACCCAGGCUGGGAGGUUUAAUGCCUCUUCAUAUUGCUGUAGCCAUUCCUGGUGAAGAAGGGGUCAAGAUAACGGAAUUAAUCCUUCAUUCAGCUACAGAUCCCGAUGCAAGGGCAGGAGACGAAGAUGAUGUAUAUGCACCAGACUGGAAUGAGCCUGCCGAAUCACCAGUUAUUAUUGCCAUGAAACUUAAUAAUGAAACUGGACCUCCUAGCGAAUACUACUCAUCUUCUGGUAUUGUCCCAGAGGAAGGUGGGAGGACUCCUUUGCAUAUUGCCUGUGAGAGAGAGGAUAACCCCAAGCUUGUCAGGGAUGUUGUCCACCUCCUCUUAACUCAUAAGGCAAAUCCUAACACCUUGUGGAGUGGCCAUUCACCCCUUUCCCUGGCAAUUGCCAGUGGGAAUGACUUGGCAGUGACGGAACUCUUAGCGUAUGGAGCUGACCCCAAUCUUCCAUUAAGCAACGGUAUAGGUAGUGCCCUUUGUGCUGCUGUCAACACUACAUAUGAACAGAAGAGGACCAUAGCAAACAGGAUUUUAUUGAUUGAUAAACUAAUUGAGGCUGGUGCAGAUAUGUUGAUGCCAAUUAUUCUUAGCCAAGGGAGGAGAACUGCAGUGGGAACUGUAGUAGACUAUGCAUAUUAUAAAUACUUUCAGGAUAAGAAGAUAGCACAUACUCCAUACCACGCAUUAUUGCCGCCAGAACGGGAGAUUUUCAAUGCGCGCAGGGAGCUGCUAGAGUACAUUAGUGACCGGCUUCGUGAGUGUGUUAUCUUGAAAGAGAGAGAAUGGGAUAGAGAAGAACUUCGGAAAUCCAGGAAAUUAGAUGCAAGUCCUCGUGCUCCUUCAGCUAGAAGGAAACGUGUGGACAAGCGUGCUGCAAUAACGCUACCACGGGAGGAAGUGAGGCAGCCCUUCUUUAAAUACUGCUACCAGUGUGGGCGGGCUAUAGGGAUUCGACUCACUCUUUGCACACGCUGUUACGAGAUCUUCACUUGCAGCAAGGCUUGUAAAGUCAAAGCCUGGAAUGAGCGUCACAGGCGCGAGUGCUUUGGAACUACAGGUGAUUCAUCAUUAACGGACUCUGAUCAAGACAACCUACAAUCUGAGGUUGAAGGAAAGCAUCAAUUUAAGACUAAGUCGGGCAUUUCAAGAGAGAGGCAGAGUCCUGUUGGCAGAAAGGGAAGCGAGGGAAGAGGCAGAAGAGAUGUCUUCAGGAAAGAUGACAAGAAGCCAAGUCCAGGCAGACCACGUGCAGCGGCUGAUGACAUGCGUCCAAAUCUUCCUUACACUGGGAAUUAUAGUUACAAUUAA